AUGAAAGACAGCAUGCAGGACAUCAUAGCUUCAGCAGAGGAGCUCCCUUUCGUGGGAGGAACGUGGGAAAUCAUCCUGACUUUCAACGAGAUCCGUGUUGAUACCAUCAAUGCUUGUCAAGGACCUUUUCCCUAUCAAUACAGAUAUCUAGUGGACGUAUGGCAGAAGCAAGGAAAACCAGAAAUACGAUGGUGCUACAAGGGCGUCAAUUGCCUGACGUCCUAUGACAUCGGAACGCUGACGAUGGUGACUCCGAACCCCUUCGCUGAGACUCCUCUGUGUCAGGGUGGGCUGCCUUGCUUGCAGAAUGGAAGGCACGUGUACGAUAUCUUGCCUAACUGCCAGUUCGAUGCGCCCUGCAACUCCAAGAACGACCCGCAGCGCUCUACUCUCUUCUCAGACUUCCAGAUCCCGAAAAACUCGCCGAGGCUGUGGGGCCUGCUGUGCAGAUUCUAUGACUAUGCCGAGACCGCGAGUCGAGGAGGAUACGUCUACUACAACGGUGCAUGGAGGCAUAUGAACGAGACUUGGCUGUUCGUCAAAGACAUUACGACAUGCAGCGGAUACUCCUCCAACAAGAAGCUGAUGGACUCCUGCAACAAAGAGAACAACUUUGACCUCACCAAGUGCGACUAUAAGCUGGUGGGAGCGACGGGAGGAGUCGUCGUCUACCCGCAGUCCACGACAGGGCUGCCCUACGUUGACGGCCAGCCGGAGAUGUGCUGGCAUUACGCGAACAUUGAGGGCUCGCGAACCCGCGACUUCAACGCUAUGAUGAAGGAUCAUCCUGACUGGGCGCUGUUCUAA